UACUAUAUUCGAUUCCAUAAUUGGAAAACUGCCAAAGUACAUUGUCAAUUGAAUUAUCUUCUGCAUAGCGCAUAUUAUUGAACUUUAUAAUGCCAAAACGCUCAAAACUCGCAAUAAAGAGUAAAUGCACCACUAAAGGUGGUCCAUGUAGCGCAACUUUCCCUGAUCAGAAGUCCAAGAGCUUUCUACCGGGACUCAUCAAUUCUGCCGAACGCCGUCAUUUUCUUCAUGACAUGGUGAAAACCUUCCCUAAGGUGAUUCAAAAUCGCAUCACAGUUUUGAAGAAUGCUCAAAUUGAUCAGAGUGCGAUAGACUCUGAAUUCUACAAGGAAAUUAAUGACUUAGAGGUAAAGCACGCUGCCAAGUGUCAACAGUUUUAUAAUCAGAGAUUUGAAAUAAUUUUUGGUAAGAUUGAUCCACCAAAGCAAGAGGUAAAAUGGAAAGUAGCAGCAGAUGAUGAAAAUAAAAAGAAUAAUUAUAACUUUGAGGAACAGUUGAGGGAAUACAAAAAAUUGUCAGGUGAUGCUAUCGGCAUACCCAAUUUUUGGCUAACAGUAAUGCGCAAUGUGAGUGCGCUUGCUCAUUUAAUAGAGGAAUAUGACGAGCCACUCCUUAGAAAACUAAUUGAUAUAAGAGAAAAGUGCAAUGAAACAAAUGGUUUUACUCUUGAAUUCCAUUUUGAAAAAAAUAAUUAUUUUACUAAUGAGGUUCUCAUUAAAAAAUACUAUUUGACUUUUGACCCUGACGAAAAAAUGCCAUUUCAUCAUAGUGGGCCUCGUAUUUGCAAUAGUCAAGGUUGCGUGAUUAAUUGGAAGAAAGACAUGAAUCUAACGUUAGAAACAGUUAAGGGAAUCUCUAGAGAUGAUACAAAUGAAAUUGUUUCUAUGACUGUUCCACGCCCGUCUUUUUUUAAGUUUUUUGAUCCAGCGGAAUCUAUGAAAAAUGACAUGGGAGCGUCCCUAAUAAUUGAUCAUAAUUUUGGGCUUUUAUUUCACUCACGUGUUAUACCUAAAGCUGUUUUGUACUUCACCGGUGAAAUGCCUGAAUUUGAUCCACAUUCAAGUGAUGAAGAUGAGUCGGAAAAUGAAAACUUAGAUAAUUCUGAUGAUUGGGACAAAUGUGAUAAGUUAGCAAACUCCAAUGUUUCCCAUGAUUCCGAUAAUUCCGAUAAUUUAAAUGAAGAGGGCGCUGCUAAGGGUGCAUCUCGUACUGUUGUCGAUGGUGCAGAUGUUGUUGGAGACUCAUUAGUGAACAAUGAAUGUAAUUCGGAGUGACAUUUGCUAAACAUUUAAUUAACAUAUAACUCAAGUACUUAAUUCUUUUAAUUUG